AUGCCCUACCGCACAUUCCUUUGCCGGUUAAUCUUCUGCGCUGUGUUUAGCGUGUCCUUCAUCAAUCUGUUCACAAGAGCGAGCUCACCUAUCUCAUUUUCGCCAGCGACGAAUUCAUCAGGUGGAGAUGCUUUCUGUUCACAAUCGCCUCUUUCUGAUGACGUUCUAAUUGUGUUGCGGACUGGUGCGACAUCCUCGCGAGAGAGGGUGCCGGUGCAUUUCAGAACUACACUGCGAUGUGCGCCCCAUUUUGUCGUCCUAUCCGACUUGGAUGAAGAGAUCGACGGUCAUGCGGUUCAUGACGUCCUUCUCGACGUCAGCGAGGACACAAAGCGUACGCACGAGGAUUUCAAGCUUUACCAUCACUUGCAAGAGCAUGGAAGAGACGGUCUACCACAGCAGAAGGUCCUUACCACCCAGUCCGGCUCAUUCAAAGGCGACUACCUGAACACGGAAAACAAAGGCUGGAGACUCGACAAGUGGAAAUUCCUCCCCAUGAUAGAUCGCGCGUUCCAUAGCAUGCCCGAUGCAAAAUGGUUCGUUUUCAUUGAAGACGACACGUACCUUGCCUGGAACAAUCUCCUAGAGUAUCUGGGCAAUUUCGAUGCAAGAAAACCAUACUACAUUGGCAAGCAUCUCUACAUCAACAACAUCGAGUUCGGGUACGGCGGCGCGGGUUUCAUCCUUUCCAAUCCGGCGAUGCGCAAGGUCUCGGAGCAUCGAUCCGUUCGCAUCAAGGACUACGAGGAUUUCACGGCCACGCACUGGGUGGGCGACUGCGCUGUGGGGAAGAUCAUGGAGGAUGUAAAAAUCCCCCUUCACAAGGCCUUUCCACAUCUACAAGGCGACGCACCUGCUACCAUGGAUCCGGCAACGGUCAAACUGAAUCGCGACGCGUGGUGCUACCCCGUGAUAACCUAUCACCACGUCUCUCCAGCGGAGAUUGAAGAGCUCUGGAACUUCGAGCAGGACUGGUUCAAGAGACACGACGUCCUCCUGCGCCACCGCGACAUCUUCAUGGAGUACGUAGGCCCUCAGAUCAGCGCCUUCAAACCGGAGUGGGACAACAUGUCGACCGACAAGGAGUUCAACGCGCACGACCACGGCAAUUCCCCGGAUCCCAUCGAGCGCGAGGCAUGGAAGUCUUUCAAUCACUGCCACGCUGUAUGUGAAGCGAACCAGAACUGCAUACAAUUUUCGUACGAGGCUGGGAGCUGUUCGAUUUCCUUUUCUUUCCGUCUGGGCUACGCGAAGCCGAAAGAGAGGGUGCAGUCCGGGUGGAUGACGGACAGAGUGGAUGAGUUGUUUUUGAAACUGGAGAGUAAAUGCGGGAUUCGGGAUUGGUUUGGGCCGCAAGAGGGGGCGCUGUUUCAGCGGAGGAGAUGA